CUACAUACGUACCCCAUAGGCUCACGCAAAUAUCUGUAACAGUGUAUUUGUGUGUGUGUGUGUGUGUAUCCGUCACGUCCGCGUAUCUGUGGCACGCCCCCCCUCACCUAACGUCAUCACGUUGUCCCCGGUACGGCGUAAGGUGGACGGAGAUAGCUGUGUGUGUGAGAGCCGGCGUCGGAAAUAGAGUGACCGGUGUCAUGGUGAUGAAAGCUUCCAUGGAAGAUGAUGAUUCAGGAUGGGAACUUUCCAUGCAGGACAAGAUGGGGAAAAGCAAUGCCAACUGGAUAGAUAUAACUCAGGAAUUCAGAGAUGCUUGUAGUGAGCUGAAACUCGGGGAGCUGCUUCACGACAAACUCUUUGGCCUGUUUGAAGCCAUGUCUGCCAUUGAAAUGAUGGACCCUAAAAUGGAUGCUGGCAUGAUUGGGAAUCAGGUUAAUCGGAAGGUUCUGAAUUUUGAGCAAGCAAUAAAGGAUGGAACCAUUAAAAUUAAAGAUCUAACAUGGCCAGAUUUAAUAGGAAUCAUGGAUACUUGUUUUUGUUGUUUGCUACGAGCUCCUCCCGACCUGUUCCUUAAGAGAUGGCCGCCCAAUUGUUUUCAGCUGAGCCGCCACUCCACUGUGUAUAACAUAACUUGGUUAGAAGGCCACUCCUUAGCACAAACGGUUUUCACGUGUCUUUAUGUUCAUAAUCCCGACUUCAUAGAAGACCCAGCCAUGAAGGCAUUUGCACUCGGAAUUCUCAAGAUAUGUGAUAUUACUAGAGAAAAAGUGAACAAAGCUGCUGUUUUUGAAGAGGAGGAUUUCCAGUCUAUGACAUACGGAUUUAAAAUGGCUAACAGUGUAACAGAUCUCCGAGUUACAGGAAUGUUAAAAGAUGUUGAAGAUGACUUGCAGAGGAGAGUUAAGAGCACUAGGAGUCGACAGGGAGAGGAGAGAGAUCCUGAAGUUGAACUUGAGCACCAACAGUGCUUGGCAGUAUUUAGCAGAGUGAAGUUUACCAGAGUUUUGUUGACUGUUCUAAUUGCUUUCACCAAGAAAGAGACCAGUGCAGUCGUAGAAGCAUCAAAACUUAUAAGCCAAGCUGGUGACCUUCUCUCGGCUAUACACAAUUCCCUUCCUCUUGGCAUUCAGGCUCAGAAUGAUACCACUAAAGGCGACCAUCCAAUUAUGAUGGGAUUUGAGCCCUUGGUCAACCAGCGGUUGCUUCCUCCAACUUUUCCUCGUUAUGCAAAAAUAAUUAAGAAAGAAGAGAUGGUGAAUUAUUUUUAUAAAUUAAUAGAUAGAAUUAAAACGGUGUGUGAAGUCGUCAACUUAUGUAACCUUCACAGUAUUUUGGAUUUUUUCUGUGAAUUCAGUGAACAAUCUCCUUGUGUACUUUCAAGAUCUCUCCUGCAGACCACGUUCUUGGUGGAUAACAAAAAGGUGUUUGGGACGCAUCUGAUGCAGGACAUGGUAAAAGAUGCACUGCGGUUCUUCGUAAGCCCACCUGUCCUCUCCUCAAAAUGCUGUCUAUAUAAUAACCAUCAAGCAAAAGACUACAUUGAUUCAUUUGUCACACACUGUGUAAGACCGUUCUGCAGUUUGAUUCAGAUUCAUGGUCACAACAGAGCUCGCCAAAGAGAUAAACUUGGUCAUAUCCUGGAAGAUUUUGCAACUUUACAAGAUGAGGCAGAGAAGGUGGACGCAGCUCUACACAGCAUGUUGCUGAAGCAGGAACCUCAAAGGCAGCACUUAGCAUGUUUGGGUACCUGGGUUCUCUACCAUAACCUGCGGAUAAUGAUUCAGUACUUGCUAAGUGGUUUUGAACUGGAACUUUAUAGCAUGCAUGAAUACUAUUACAUCUACUGGUACUUGUCGGAGUUUCUUUAUGCUUGGUUGAUGUCUACACUAAGUCGGGCAGAUAGCUCGCAGAUGGCAGAAGAGCGCAUUAUGGAGGAACAACAGAAAGGUCGUAGCAGCAAAAAGACUAAGAAAAAGAAAAAAAUUCGUCCUUUGAGCAGAGAGAUAACUUUAAGCCAAGCUUAUCAGAACAUGUGUGCUGGCAUGUACAAGACAAUGAUCGCAUUUGACAUGGAUGGAAAAGUGAGGAAGCCCAAAUUUGAGCUGGACAGUGAACAAGUUCGUUAUGAGCACAGGUUUGCACCAUUCAACAGUGUUAUCACCCCGCCACCAGUGCACUAUUUGCAAUUUAAGGAAAUGUCUGAUCUAAAUAAGUACAGUCCUCCACCCCAAUCUUCAGACCUGUACAUGGCUGCAAGCAAACAUUUCCAACAAGCAAGAAUGAUUUUGGAAAAUAUCCCAAAUCAAGACCAAGAAGUGAGAAUUUCCUUUCCUUUUAACGUUUCUGUUCAUUUUAUUCAGGUAAAUGAGAUUUUGAAGGUUGCCAAAAACAAUAUAGUGGUAAUGAAAUUGCUUGCUGGAGGCCACAAGAAGGACUCUAAGAUUCCACCUGAAUUUGAUUUCUCUGCACACAAAUAUUUCCCUGCUGUGAAACUGGUGUAAAUGAUCUACAGAGAGAAGAGAAUCUAAUACAUAAUACAUUGAGUGUUUUAGUCUAUUUAAUAUGUGGAUGAGCGCAGGCAAGGCUCAUGUGAAAUUACAGUUUUGUUUUUUUAUUCUCCUCAUUUAUUUUUCUAAUGCACUGGUUACUUUUUAUGUACAGCCACAUGAUGUGGACAGAGUUUGUAAAUCAGCUAUGUUGGAUCUAUUUCAUGAGUGUUAAGUAAUUUUUUUCAUUAAAUAUUUAAAAUAUUUUA